AUGGCUGCUACUUCGUAUGACCUUCAUUUCCGUCUAGUUGAUGGUAUCAAGGUGCCGUCGCCCGGUUAUGGUGGCAUGAGCUUGAGUAAUAUGUAUGGCACUGCUAAUGAUGAAGAUAGCAAGGCAUUACUUCGGCGUGCCAUUAAGAUUGGUCUUACUUUCUGGGAUACCGCUGAUGUCUAUGGUAGUGGUCAUAAUGAAGAACUUAUCGGCUCCGUUCUUGCCGAGGGAGAUAACCGGGCUAAGGUAUUUCUCGCGACGAAGUUCAGCCGUGAACUCGAUCCUGUAACGAAUAAGCCUACUGGAAGAAUCAGAGGCGAUGCAGCAUACAUCAGGCAAGCCAUUGAGGCCUCGAUAAAGCGUCUCGGCACGACACCUGAUCUGUAUAACCAGCAUCGUGUUGAUCCCAACGCCAGCCUGGAGGAGACCUACGGUACUCUCGAGGAACUACGCAAGGAGGGGAAGUUUAAGUAUAUCGGUAUAUCGGAGCCAAAUGCGGAGACACUUAGAAAAGCAGCCAAGAUAGCAAAGAUCUCCGCACUCCAAGAGGAAUAUUCGCUUUGGACAACGGACAUUGAGAGAAAUGGCAUUUUGCAGACGACUAGAGAACUUGGGAUUCCUAUCGUCGCAUAUUCUCCGUUAGGACGUGGUUUUCUAACUGGCGAGGUCAAAUCAUCCGAGGAUAUUGAACCAAUUGACAUCCGACGCCGCUUUCCACGAUUCACCCAAGAGAAUAUAGACAAUAACAUGGAGAUCGUAGAAAAGCUUGAUGCGAUAGCAACCAAGAAGGGAAUCACGUCCGCUCAGCUCGCACUUGCAUGGGUUGGCUCGCAAGGUGAGGAUAUCAUACCGAUAUUCGGAACAAAGUCGUUUACGCGACUCGAGGAGAAUUGGGCAUCACGCGACGUGGUGCUCACAGAAGAACUGAAGGAGCUGCGUAAGGUGGUUGAUGGAUUUGAGGUUCGUGGGGAGAGAUAUCCAGAGGGUAUUGCGAAAUAUAUCGGGAAUUGA